AUGCAUUCCUAUGUCAGCAUCCGCCGUACCGGCAUUGGCGCCAGCGACAGCGACGGUGGCAUUUCACUUCGACGCGAUGCCGAUGGUCACACAGGCGACAGCGUCCCUCUUUCUGUUCCGCUUCCGCCCGCAUUCGCCUCCGGUGCGCAUCUGAGCAUCGUUGGCCCUCUGCCUUUGCCGUCGCUGUCGCCGCCUCCGCCGCCGCCACCGCCACCGCCGCUGUGUGUGCAUAAGUACGCACGGUCGGUCGCGGCCGAAUUCUUCGCACAUGCGCGCUCCUGCAACUUUCCGUGA